CCUUCUUCCGGUUGCCUCCCGCCCCACGUAGCCAUCUUCGUUUCCUGAACAAAAAAGGGGCGAGAUUUUGGUUAGACAAUCAAAUAGAGAGAGAGUCACUCGGUCUAACAUGAUACAAAGCACUCGGGAACACGGUUGUGACUGUACAAUAUGAUAGGAGACGGAGUGGGUGAAGAGGAAAACCAGCCGUGUUGAGACUGGAAACCGUUAGCUAGCUAAGCAAAACUGCUAGCUAGCUAGCUAACGGACAGUUAGUAACGUCACAGUGGGAUCAGGAUUAGCUUAGCUAGCUGGCUAACUAGCUAGCUUGUUUAGACCACCAAAGCAAGACGCAAGGCGUUAGCUAGCCAGCUGGCUAAGUGUUUAGCUAACGCAUAGAAGGUGAAUAGUUGGGAAAAGGGAAGCACACGUUAGCUAGUUUAGAGAUUAUGGGUGAUAUUUUCAUGUGAAGCAUUCCAAGCAGCUCUAAAAACAACACUGCUGCUGUUUUGAAGGGAGACGAAUAAGGAUUUAUUUUGCACGACGGGAUCAACUGUAAGCCGUGGAGCUGGCCAUGCCUGCGAGUGUCCGUGCCGGGAGUCUGAAAGACCCUGAGGUAGCAGAUCUCUUCUACAAAGAUGACCCCGAGAAACUCUUUACUGACCUCCGUGAGAUCGGCCAUGGAAGCUUCGGAGCUGUGUAUUUUGCACGAGAUGUUCGCUCCAACGAGGUGGUUGCAAUCAAAAAAAUGUCUUACAGUGGCAAACAGUCUAACGAGAAAUGGCAGGACAUCAUUAAAGAGGUGAAGUUCCUUCAGAAGCUUCGACACCCCAACACUAUUGAGUACAAAGGCUGCUACCUGAGGGAGCACACAGCAUGGCUGGUGAUGGAGUAUUGCUUGGGUUCUGCCUCUGAUCUUUUAGAGGUCCAUAAGAAGCCCCUACAGGAAGUGGAAAUUGCUGCUAUUACCCAUGGUGCACUGCAGGGUCUGGCCUACCUUCACUCCCAUAAUAUGAUCCACAGGGAUGUGAAAGCAGGAAAUAUUUUGCUAACUGAGCCUGGUCAGGUGAAGCUUGGAGAUUUUGGCUCUGCCUCCAUCGUGGCUCCAGCCAACUCUUUUGUGGGCACACCAUACUGGAUGGCCCCAGAAGUGAUUCUAGCGAUGGAUGAGGGUCAGUAUGAUGGCAAGGUUGAUGUCUGGUCUCUAGGAAUCACCUGUAUAGAGCUGGCGGAGCGGAAGCCUCCCCUGUUUAAUAUGAACGCUAUGAGUGCCUUAUAUCACAUUGCUCAGAACGAGAGCCCCAUCCUGGCGUCAAAUCACUGGUCAGAUUAUUUCCGUAACUUUGUAGACUCUUGUCUACAGAAGAUUCCUCAGGACAGGCCUACCUCUGAUGUGCUGCUCAAUCAUCGGUUCCUGUGCAGAGAGCGCCCCCUGUCUGUGGUGAUGGACCUUAUAGUGCGUACAAAAGAUGCCGUAAGGGAACUGGACAACUUGCAGUACAGAAAGAUGAAGAAGAUCCUCUUCCAAGAAACGCACAAUGGCCCUGCACAAGAUGGAGGCGAAGAGGAGGAGGAUGUGGAUCAGUAUUUGCUGCGGAUGGGCACGGUCAACAGCAUGGAGAGCUCUCACUCUGUCCCCUCCAUGUCCAUCAGUGCCAGCUCCCAAAGCUCGUCGGUUAACAGCCUGGCUGACGGCUCGGAUGAUAGCGCUGAAAUGGCCAUGAUGGGGGAAGGCGAACACACCGUAACUUCCAACAGCUCCAUCAUACAUCGGCCAACUGGUCCUGACAAUAUAUACGAUGACCCAUACCAGCCGGAAAUUGACUCCCAACAGCCGCAGCAACAACAGGCGACGUCCGCAGCACGCAGGAGAGCACACUACCGAAACCGUGACCACUUUGCUACCAUUCGCACAGCUUCACUGGUGACACGGCAGAUCCAGGAACAUGAACAGGGCUCAGCACUGCGUGAACAGAUGACUGGCUAUAAGCGCAUGAGGCGACAGCAUCAGAAGCAGCUGCUGGCGUUAGAAAACAAACUCAAGACUGAGAUGGAUGAGCACCAACUGAGGCUGGACAAAGAGCUGGAGAGCCAGAGGAACAGCUUCAGCAGUGAGGCUGACAAAUUGUCCAAGAAGCACCAGGCUAUCCUGGAGAAAGAGACUAAAGCUGCACAAGCUGAAGAAAAGAAGUUCCAGCAGCACAUUUUGGGCCAGCAGAAGAAGGAGCUCACCAACCUGCUGGAGGCACAGAAACGCCAGUACAGGCAGCGCAAGGAGCAGCUUAAAGAGGAGCUGAAUGAGAACCAGUCCACCCCUAAGCGGGAGAAGCAAGAAUGGCUGGUGAGGCAGAAGGAGUGCCUCCAGCAGUUCCAGGCGGAGGAGGAGGCUAGUUUACUGCGGCGCCAGAGACAGUAUUAUGAACUCCAGUGCCGACAAUAUAAGAGGAAGAUGCUGCUAGCACGACACAACCUGGAGCAGGAUCUACUCAGAGAGGAGCUGAAUAAGCGGCAGACUCAGAAGGAUCUGGAGUGCGCCAUGUUGCUGCGGCAUCAUGAGUCCACUCAGGAGCUGGAAUUCCGUCAGCUGGGCCUGGUGCAGCAAACACGGGCCGACCUUAUCCGCACACAGCACCAGAGUGAGCUGGCCAAUCAGAUGGACUACAAUAAGCGGCGUGAGCAGGAACUGCGACAGAAACACAGCAUGGAGGUUCGUCAGCAGCCUAAAAGUCUGAAGACUAAGGAGCUUCAGAUCAAGCGUCAGUUUCAGGACACAUGUAAAAUCCAGACGCGACAGUACAAGGCCCUGCGAAACCACCUGCUGGAGACUACACCCAAGUCUGAGCAUAAAGCUGUGUUGAAAAGGCUGAAGGAAGAACAAACACGCAAGUUAGCAAUCCUCGCUGAGCAGUAUGACCACUCCAUCAAUGACAUGCUGUCCACACAGGCUGUGAGUAAGUUGCGGCUGGAUGAGACGCAGGAGGCGGAGUAUCAGGUGCUGCGAAUGCAGCUGCAGCAGGAGCUGGAGCUACUGAAUGCAUACCAGAGUAAGAUCAAAAUGCACACAGAUACACAGCACGAGAGGGAAGUUAAAGACCUGGAGCAGAGAGUAUCCAUUCGCAGAGCACUGCUUGAGCAAAGGAUUGAGGAGGAGAUGCUAUCCCUCCAGAACGACCGAUCAGAGCGAAUCCGAACGCUGCUAGAGCGCCAGGCUCGAGAGAUUGAGGCCUUUGACUCAGAGAGUAUGCGUCUGGGCUUCAGCAACAUGGCGCUAACAGGAAUCCCAGCUGAGGCCUACAGCCAGGGCUACAGUAACCCACCCUCAUCAGGUUCAGGUGGGUGGCCGUCACGCCCUGUACCCCGCUCAGGCAGCCACUGGACCCACGGUGUCCAAAACUCUGGAGCACCGCCAUCCUGGAGAAGCCAGAACAGCACUCCAGCAUUCAGCCGAGGGGAGUCUAUAUCAAUCUCAAGCCGUGAGCACGAAAGGGAUGGACAUAGGGAUUUUGACACUCCAGUAUUGCGUGGCCUACCCAGUUCUCUGUCAUCUGCUUCUUCUUCAUCGUCCUCGUCCUCUUCUUCUCAUCAUCGCCUUCAUUACCUGGCACAGCAGUACCACCAUCAGAGCACGCCGCACCUGUACCGUGAGCGAGAGCGAGAGAGAGAAAGGGAGAGAGAGAGGGAGCGGGAACGGGAGCGUGAAAGGGAGUGGGGGGGCAAUGGAGGGGGAAGCCACCGCUCAUCCUCUUAUGCUCAUGCUCACUCACGCCAUCUCUCCAGCCAUGCAUCUUCACAGUCUCUGGCUCUGCUCCCUCCACCUCCACCACCCCCACCAGUCUCUUUUUCACCCUCGUCUCCACCAUCAUCAUCUUCCUCCUCUUCUUCUCAGGGUGGCUACGGGGGAAGGAAUGAGGGUUUGGUAGUGAGGGGCCCCAGUUUAAUGGCCCUGAGGAACAGCCCAGGCCCACUAAGGCGGACGGCUUCAGGAGGAGGGCCUGGUGGAUCCGGCGAUGCAGGCUUGAGCCGCAGCACCUCCGUCACCUCCCACAUUUCCAAUGGCUCCCAUCUCUCCUACUCUUAAAGCAUGUAGGCAUCAUGACACAUUGAGCUUAAUCAACAGGAGCCAUACUGGAGUUGUAUUUUUAGUAUUUAGAAGGCUGAUUACUCCUUUGGGUAGUGUUUUAGUGUGGAAUUAGUGAUCUUUAUUCCACUCCUUUAAUUGUAAUCAGGUAGCUAUACCCUGAGGCUGUGACUUUGGCUCUGAGUAGUGUUUCAUACAGCAUAUGGCAGACAUCACCUAUACUCUUUUGGUAGAUUGGUAGAUCUCAGGGUUACCAAGGGACAGGCUGGGGAUGAAGAAUAGCAAGAGAGAUUAGUGUGGCAAAAUAAGAGAGGAAUGGUAGGUGCUUGAGAAUCGGUAAUAGAAAGUGGGUAUGUGAGCAGUGCCAAUACUGUAGGGCUGGGUAGCCAUCCGGUGGCUCUGCUAAGGGAUGUUUGUAGUCCUGGAAUCAGAAAUUUCAACACACUACCUCCGUUUUUUUUGUUUGUUUGUUUUUCUUCGCUCUUUUUUGCAAAGAACAGUGCUUGAUUUGCUUACUCUGUAGUGCUAGCACACCUUCAUAACUAAAACAACACUAGUAACGAACUGUCAAGCUCCACAGGAUCUACAUAACAGUAACUGUUACAUUUUACAGUACUAACGUCUUCAACACUUGAGCAGGUGGAGAAUUCCUACUAGGCUCCAUCAGCAAUUAAAGCUCCAAACAGAAAUUGCUGCAACACCCGUUUUUGGUACUGCAGCUGUAGACACUACACCACCACCACAAAUACUACAGAGCCCAUUCUGGUGCUGUGCUGGUGCUGUUUCAGCAGUUCCUGCUUGGAGACUUUAUGGUCCAGGAAUUUAUACCAGAACUAUUUAAUGUGAGCUUUACUAUUAAAGGAGAGGCAUUAGUGUCAUAAUUCACACGGUGUUGGUUUAAAGACUAACCUGAAACUGGGAGGGUGCUUAAAAAGUAUGCCAUGUAGUUAUGUAUAUAACAAAACUAUACUAAAACUUUACUAAAAACAUACUGGUCAUUAAAAUGCACAUUUGUAAUAGGGACAAGGAGAUUUUACUUUUUGAUUUGUUGUAUUUUUUUUUAUACCAUGCUCACUUCGCACACUGCCAUCCAGAGGCCUGACUAACCUAAAGCUACUCUGCCUGCUGUCCUUAUAUGGACAUGCUGCCAGUUUCAUUAGCUCUGGCUGAGCAAUAAGUCAAUGACUUUUUUUUUUUCUCCGUGGUUGUAUUACAUAGUAAUACACACCUAAGGUGUUAGUAUAUUGGAAAGAACAGUAUAUAACAACAGUCAAUCUCCUUGUCUCUAUUUACAAAGGCAAAUAUUUGAUGUACAUGUCCAUAAGAGAGCUGAUUGCAGUUCAGUGCAUCAAACACUAAUGUACAGAAGCCAUUUGUAUACAAACGUACACAUUGCACAUUUAUAUAUGAGUGAGUAUCUAUGUGUAUUAUACCUGUCAGAUUUGACAGUCAGGUUUAAGAUUGUUCACUGUUCAACACUUUUGACCUAUAUUGUACUUAUAUAAUGUGUGUGUACAUAAAAGCACUAACUCAAAACUCUUGUAUAGGAUAAUCAUAGUUUUGCUAUGGAAACUAGUAAUUGGAAAGUAAGAGAUGGAUAAAUACUGUUAUUUCAACUACUGCAGUUGUAAUUGUUGUUCAAAACUAAUUUUUUUGUUUUCUUUUAAUUGCAUUGUUGUAUUUUUUAUUGUUGUUAUUAUUAUUAUUUUAUUUUUUUUAUUUCCUUUCUUGCCAAUGUUGACCACUAGUUGGAAAAUGCAAGUGAUAUUACUGUGAUGGAGAACUUGACAGGUCUCUUUUUUUUCUUUUCUUUUUUUUUUUUUUAUUUUUUUUUAUUUUUUUUUAUUUUUUUUUUAGGGAAAGGGCAAAAAAAAAAAAGGAAAGACUACCUAUCCCAGCAUUCCUUGUUAUGUCUCAGGGUAGGAGUCUGUUGAGCAGUGCAUUGAAGGGAUUGUAGUAUUUUAGAGCCAGUAUUAAAUGUGUACAGGACAUUUUAAGAGAAUUUUAGUGUAUAGAAAGUUUUUAGAUAAUUGUAUAUGUUUACACCGCAUCCAGCAUGUUUUGUUGCACCAUUUUGUGCUGGGAUUUAUUUUCCUUAUCUGGAUAACUUCACUGCUUACAAUGAUAACUCAAACGUUUGGCAUUUUGUCCCACAUAACAGAAAUUUUCACAUUAAACUGAAGCAGGCUCCACACUGCCAACUUCUCACAGGCACCAGCUUUUACUUGAAUGUGAUUUCUUUAUUUCAAGGUGCAAUACCACACAUGCAGUGCGUGCCAGGCCCUUUUGGUUUUGUUUUUUU